AUGGAGCCAGCGGUGUUGGCUCCGCACCACCUUCCGCACCACGAACCCAUCAGCUUCGGCAUUGAUCAGAUCCUGAGCGGCCCCGAACCCCCGGGGGGCGGUCUGGGCCAGGGGCAGGCGGGCCAGAGCCACGGGGAGAGUGCGGCGUUCUCGGGUGGAUUCCACGGAGCCUCGGGCUACGCUCCAGCCGGCUCAUUGGCCCCCUUGCCCAGAGGCUCGGGAGUGGGCCCGGGCGGCGUGAUCCGCGUCCCCGCGCACCGCCCGCUGCCGGUGCCGCCGCCCUCGGGUGCGGCCCCCGCGGUGCCCGGACCCUCGGGUUUGGGCGGCGCUGGGGGCCUAGCGGGACUCACCUUUCCCUGGAUGGACAGCGGCCGCCGCUUUGCAAAGGACAGGCUCACGGCUGCGCUCUCGCCCUUCUCUGGGACACGUCGCAUAGGCCACCCCUAUCAAAACCGGACCCCCCCGAAGCGCAAGAAGCCGCGCACCUCCUUUUCCCGCUCGCAGGUGCUGGAGCUGGAGCGCCGCUUCCUGCGCCAGAAGUACCUGGCCUCGGCAGAGAGGGCGGCGCUGGCCAAGGCCCUGCGCAUGACGGACGCGCAGGUCAAGACCUGGUUCCAGAAUCGGCGCACCAAGUGGCGGCGCCAGACGGCGGAGGAGCGCGAGGCGGAGCGGCACCGCGCGGGCCGCCUGCUGCUGCACCUGCAGCAGGACGCGCUGCCCCGGCCACUGCGGCCGCCGCUGCCCCCGGACCCGCUCUGCCUGCACAACUCUUCGCUCUUCGCGCUGCAGAAUCUGCAGCCCUGGGCCGAGGACAACAAGGUGGCUUCGGUGUCCGGACUCGCCUCGGUGGUGUGA